GAAAGUUUACUCUUCGGCCGCUCCUCUUCCGCCCUUUUUCUUCGGCAAAAUUAUCCACACCCACCGCCGCUAUGCAUUCUGGGAUAUGUUGGGCCACGAGGUGUACACCGCCACAUCCUUGAAAUUCAGGGAAAUGAAGGACGCAUUUGAGGGCCGCAUUUCGAGUAGCCUUUGAAUUGGGACAGCCUUCGUCGAGUCGCUGUGACGUACUCGGCCUUAAAAUGCGGCCUUUAAGGCUGCAGACCCUGGAUUGGGAUACAACCAAUCAGAGGAAGUCUGGUAGCGUAUUCAACAUCUAUAAUACAGACACGGCGCCAUCUAGUGGGAAUAUAGUAAAAUAACAAGUCGAUUACUAUCAGCUCCACCCCUAAAAGAAUAAACGAAACUUAAACUCAUUGUCGACCACACUGGUGACGACAUUACAUUAAAACCUGCGCUCUUUCGAGAAGAACACAAUUUGGCGACAUUAUCAGGCAAACAGGACAUAUUUUGGUGAGUCAUUAAAAAAAUACAAAGCAGAAAAAUAACGAAAUGGCGGAGAAAUUCGCAUUUUUUGAAAACUAUCUGAGCUGCCAUGUGUGUUCAGAGACUUUCAGAGAUCCUGUGUCUCUGAGCUGCGGCCACAGCUUCUGUUCAAGCUGCCUGCAGGAAUUCUGGGAACAAGCUAAAAACAAAAACUGUCCCAUUUGUAAAAGAAAAUCUUCAAAAGAUGAACCAUCCAUGAUCUUUGCUCUCAAAGAACUUGCUGACUCCUUUGCUAAGAGGCAGAGUGAGAGCUCACCUGAGACAGAAAAAGAAAAGGAGGAAGAGAAGGAGGAGGUGGUGUGUGAUAAACAUCCAGACGUCCCUUACUGGUACUGUGAGGAUGAAGACAGAGCUGUGUGUCCUGUGUGUGAGUUUUCUCUCCACCAGAGUCACAAAGUGGUUCCUGUAGAAGAAGCAGUCAGUGACCUGAAGGAGCAGCUGAAAUCUGACUUAAAGUCUCUGCAGGACAAGAGGAACAAAUACAAACAAGUGGAGGAAACAUACAAUGAAAUGAGUGAACACAUGAAGAAGCAGCUGUUGUCCACAGAGAGGCAGAUCAGAGCAGAGUUCAACAAGCUCCAGCAGUUCCUGAAAGAGGAAGAGGAGUCCAGACUGGCAGCUCUGAGGGAGGAAGAGGAGCAGAAGGGGAGGACUAUCAGCAGAGAGAUGAAGAUGAUUGAGGAGCAGAUCUCCUCUCUGUCAGACAGCAUCUCUGCUGUUGAAGAAGAGCUGCAGAAACACAACGUGCCAUUCCUCAGCAGUUAUAAAGACACUCAGAGCAGAGCUCAGAGCUCAGUGUCAGAUCCACAGCUGGUCUCAGGAGCACUGAUAGAUGUGGCCAAACACCUGGGCAACCUGUCCUUCAGAGUGUGGGAGAAGAUGAAGGAGAAGGUCCACUUCAGUCCUGUCAUUCUGGACCCAAACACUGCAUACCCCUCUCUCUAUCUGUCUGAUGAUCUGACCAGUGUGAGGAAUGGAGAGACACACCAGCUGUUUCCUGAUAAUCUGGAGAGAAACACUUAUUAUUCCAAUAUUUUUGGCUCUGAGGGUUUCAGUUCAGGGAAACACAGCUGGGAGGUGGAGGUGGGAGACCAUCCUCACUGGAGUGUGGGUUUAAUUAAAGAGUCAGUUGAGAGGAAGGGAGAGCGUUCUGCUUCACCAAAAAAUGGAAUCUGGCGUUUAUUGCAUCACAGUGGAAAAUACACUAAUGGUGCUGGUAAGACUGUGACAGUGAAGAAGAGUCUCCAGAGGAUCAGAGUCCAGCUGGACUAUGACAGGGGGGAGGUGUCCUUCUAUGACCCUGAAGACAUGACUCACAUCUACACUCACAGAGUCACUUUCACUGAGAAACUCUUCCCAUAUUUUGGUAUUGGGGGAGCAGGAGAUGCCAAAACCUCUGAUAUCAAAAUCUGUCAAACUGAGAUUUCUUUGAAAAGUGCAACAAUGUCUCUGUGAACUUUUUGUUUUUCUUUUCUCAAUUCCUGCACUUUAUGUUUUUCAUUAAAAUUUGUUUUGUUGUUAUUUGUUUGCUUGUUGUUGUUUUAAUAUGAGAAAAACAGGAAUAAAAAUAAAAGGCAUAAAGCCAUUCACACAAUGGAAUACAAUUUCUUUUCAAAGCACAGAGAGUAAAACUAAAUGAUAAGUGUCAUUUGUUUUUGUUUUGUUUUUUCAAAUUCAGUUUAAAACUGAUUUAAAAUGUGAGGUGAUGCAACUUUUUAUCCAUGAUUGUACUUUUUUCUUAAUUUUUCAUUCAUUCUCUCUCUCUCUCUUUUUUUUCUAAACAUAUAACUGUUUUAAAGUCAAUUAAUUCUUUGUGAAAGUAUUUUGGAACAUUAAAACUGUCCAAAAUUGAUGUGACAAAGAUAAAUGGAUGCUGAUAAAUGUUACUUUGCUUAGUUUUUUUAGUUAUUGAGAUCAGAAUCAGAUGAUAACAAUCUCUGGCUAAUAUGUGCAUGUUAUAUUGGUUUCAUAAUGAAAAAAAGAAACUUGAUUAAUA